UACAGCACAUUCCUUGGUCUGAAUUAAUACUCUAUGCUUAGGUCUCUAUGUCUAAUCUGUGGUAUCUUUUGUUUUGUCAAUUUUGAUUUUUGUCACAAUCACAAAAAUAAUCGGGGAAUCCAGGAGACGGGAAAAUAAAAAUAAUACAAGUUUAAUUUAUAUUUUAUACUAAGUUUAGACAUGUUGCUACUGAGAAAUUAUUUUGACUGAUCUUUGAAGGUUGUUUCUAGAUAAUGUCGAUUUGUUAUGUGGCGGUGAAGUGCUUAUUUUGGUUACAAUAAUGUUUUCCCUCAUGAAUUUAACUUGGAAAUGGGAAUACAUUUGUGGCCCACAGGGUCUGGCUCCAUGGAACGAGACGACAAAGGACAUCGGAAUAUGUUUUCAAGAGUUAUUCUUCCAAAUACCUAUAUUUUUUAUCUUGGCAGUAACUUCAGGAUAUUACGUGGGAUUAAGAAAAAGUUGGGUAGUGAGAGAAAAAACUCAAGAAAGAUCAAUUACUCUUCGUAGCUUUGUAGCACUAGCACUUUUUUGUAUUCCAAUUAUACAUAUGUAUAUCAUCAUAUCUGAUGAUCAACUUAGAUUAUAUCCCAUUGACUAUUUUGCUGCUGGAGCGGCCUGUAUAUCAUGGCUGGUACACUUCGGGUAUGUCAUAGCACUAAAACAUCGUCUAGGACAAAGUUGUCGGGGACCCAAAUUUCAACUCUUUUUGUGGAGUCUCACAGUCCUGUUUAGUGUUAUAGAACUUCGAAGUAAUAUCCUUACUGGUGCUCCAACCUCAUUCGAUAUUGCUGUACUGUGUUUCCAUUUUGUAUAUCUCCUAACAUUGCUACCAGCUAGUGAUUCUCGGCCAACGUUUUACUCCCCUUGCCUUGUUGGCUCUCAACAUUCUCAUAGUGAAUACACCCCACUCCUCCCCCAAGGUGAUGAAGGGGUGCUUGGCACAGCCAUGCAAGGCGCAAGCUGGUGGUCUAAACUUUGUUUUUCAUGGGUUGAUCCUCUUUUACAAAAAGGUUUUGAUAAUAAGCUACAUGACCUUGAAGAAUUGUAUGACAUCCCAGCAAGGUAUAGGUGCACUUAUGUUGGAGCAAGGAUGGAUAAAGCACUGAUUGGCAAUGUAGACAAUUAUCAACAAUUCACUGAAGUACCACACCAACCUUUUAUAGGACCUGGCUAUGGAGCAACAAGCGAGACGCACCCUCAGUCAUCGACACCAGUCACCCCAACAGCUCGAGUGUUACUUCGUCCAGAUCGGCGGCAGAAUGUGUCAUUGUUUCAUGCUUUACACAGCUGUUUCGCUUUGCAAUUUUAUAGCAUUGGAAUUCUGAAACUCAUCUCUGAUAUGGCUGGCUUUGGUGGACCCAUACUCUUGAAUAAAUUGAUCACAUUUAUUGAAGAUGACAGUAUUGAUCAACAUUAUGGGUACAUAUAUGCAGCCAGUCUUCUAUCAGUUACAAUCAUAUCUGCCUUAUUCAAUGUUCAUUUCACCUGGUUAAUGUCUGUGAUUGGCCUCAAAAUGCGCGGAGCUAUAGUGUCUACUAUUUUACGAAAGACCCUCAGUGUGACAUCAACAGAACUCAACAAAGCCUUUUCUGUUGGGGAAAUCACUAAUUUUAUGUCAACUGAUACAGACAGGAUUGUGAACUCCUGUCCAAGUUUCCAUGCCCUCUGGAGUAUACCAUUGCAGUUAGUCAUCACCCUGUAUCUUUUGUAUAUCCAAGUUGGUAUAUCAUUUUUGGCUGGAGUCGCGUUUUCGGUGAUUCUCAUACCUAUAAACAAAUUAAUAGCUAACAAGAUUGGACAGUUGAGUACAGAAAUGAUGAAACACAAAGACACACGCGUGAGUUUGAUCAGCGACAUGCUCCGCGGUAUACGGACUGUGAAAGUACAUGUGUGGGAAGAUUAUUUUAUUGACAAAGUAUCAGAGGCGCGCGCCAGAGAGCUGAGGUACCUGCGCGGGCGCAAGUACUUGGACGCGGUGUGCGUGGUGCUGUGGGCCACCACGCCCGUGCUGGUGGCGGCGCUCACGCUGGGCACGCACGCGCUACGCGGACUGCAGCUCAGCGCGCCUACUGUAUUCACAACUGUGGCGUUAAUAAAUAUGUUGAUUGCGCCAUUGAACGCGUUCCCCUGGGUGUUGAACGGGCUUACCGAGGCGUGGGUGUCUAUAAAACGUAUCCAGAAACUCUUAGAUCUGAGAGACAUGGAUAUUGAACAUUACUACGAUCGUCUCAACACAAACUGCGAUGAAGACAAAGUUAUUAUAAUAAAGAACGCGACAUUCGCGUGGGCGAAAUCUACCGUACGCAAAAAAACAAAAAUGCCAAAGUCGAAGAAAAAUAAGGGAAAAUCUCAAAAGAAACUCUCAAAAUAUAGCACUCCGAGGAGGGAUUCGGAGUCAUCAACUGAGGCGCUAAUACAAGAACCUUUUACUCUACAAGAUAUAUUUUUUGAGAUUGGUAAAGAGGAACUAGUUGGAGUCACUGGACCGGUUGGCAGUGGAAAAACGUCUCUGUUGUUGGCUAUAAUAGGUGACAUGUUAAAAGUGAAAGGAGAUAUACAGAUACCAGAAUAUCUUAACAGUUUUGGUUACGCCCCGCAGCAACCCUGGCUGGUGCGUGGAACUAUACGUGACAACAUACUGUUUGGAAAACCUUAUGAUGAGGUCAAAUUUAGAUCCGUCAUCGACGCUUGUGCAUUAACAGAGGAUUUGAACCAACUGGGCUGGAACGCGUACGUCGGCGAAGGCGGCUGCACACUCAGCGGCGGGCAGAGGGCGCGCGUGUCGCUCGCGCGCGCCGUGUAUCAGGACAAACAAGUGUAUCUGUUGGACGACGUGUUGUCGGGCGUAGACGCGACAGUCGCGCAGCACAUAAUGCAGCACUGCAUCCUGGGCCUGCUGCGGCGCACGGCGCGCGUGCUCGUCACGCACUCGCCGCGACACCUCGCGCGCGCGCACCGCGUGCUGCUCGUGCGGGACGGACGGAUAGUUUCGCAAGGUCCACCAGAAACUGUUGUAAAUGAAAUAGAAGAGUUUCUGCCCGGCGAAACAGACUCAAUAGGCGACGAAAUACAACAACAUCACGACACAGAGGAUAAACCAGCAAAUGAUUUAGACGUCGUCAGCCAAAACAGUUUGGACAAUGAAGAAAGCAUGUCUGAAGGCACAGUUGGAUGGUGGGUGAUCGCACUGUAUCUGCGCUCUGUAGGUGCUUUCCUAACAAUGUGCAUCGUAAUGUCGUUGAUACUCAUGCAACUGUCGCAGAACUUCACCUUCGUAUGGCUCACCUUCUGGGUCAGGAACAAGAGCAACAACUCUGUUACCUUAGAAUUGGAUGUACACGAGAACACAACCGCUCUAGACCACGGUUUCAAUAUACUUGAUAAUAUAGUCCAUAAAAUAGUGAACACAUCCAUUGCUAUAAUCAAUAAUUUUAAUACAAAUAAUACAGAGGCAAAUAAUACAGUGGUUAACAAUGAUAUCACUUCAAGUAACAUGCAAGAGUCAGUGUUAGAAGCGUCUGGGUUAACAGACAAUUAUUAUUUGGAAGUAUAUUUCGGGUUGGCUGGAUUGAAUUUGGUGUUCACCAUAAUGCGAGCGUUCCUCUUCGCCUACGGAGGUGUCAAAGCUGCGGCCAAGAUUCACAAGAUUCUAUUGAAAGUUAUUGUAAAGGCGAACGUGAAAUUUUUCGACAUCACCCCGACAGGACGAAUAGUGAAUAGAUUCUCUUCUGACACAUACACGGUGGAUGACUCGUUACCAUUCAUCAUGAAUAUUCUGCUCGCACAAGUAUUUUCUUUGAUAGGCGCGGUGGCGGUUACAGUCUACGGGUUGCCUUGGUUGCUAGUGGGCGUGUUGCCUAUGGCUUAUAUAUACUACAGAUUACAGCGACAAUAUCGGAUCACUUCGAGACAACUCAAAAGGUUGCAGAGCGUCGCCUUGUCACCGGUCUACGUACACUUUAAUGAUACACUUGAAGGCGUGAGCAGCAUCCGCGCGCUGGGUGCGGCGGCGCGCUGGGCGGAGCGCGGCGAGGAGGGCGUGGAGCGCUGGCAGCGCGCGGCGCUGUGCGGCGCGGCGGCGGCGCAGUGGCUGGCGCUGCGCCUGCAGGCGGCCGCCGCCGCCGCUGUCGCCGCCGCCGCGCUCGUCGCAGUGCUGCAGCGGGCCACGCACGCCGCCGACCCGGGACUCGUGGGGCUAGCGAUCUCGUACGCGCUGUCGAUGACGUCGAUGCUGAGCGGCGUGCUGAACUCCUUCACCGAGACCGAGCGUGAGAUGAUCGCAGUAGAGCGUGUCGGCGAAUAUAUCACACAGGUAGAAAGUGAAACUAUAGAAGGGGAAUCUCCUCCAUACGGCUGGCCUUCGCAUGGUGUUAUAUCUUUCGAAGAUGUCUUUCUUAAAUAUGGUGCUAGUGACACCGGCGAGAGCGCGUUGCGCGGAGUGACGUUCGCGAGCCACCCCGGCGAGCGGCUGGCGGUGGUGGGGCGCACGGGCGCCGGCAAGAGCUCGCUGCUGCGCGCCGUGCUGCGCCUCACGCCGUGCGCCGCCGGCCGCGUGCUGGUGGACGGCGUCGACGUCGGCUCGCUGCACCUGCAGGCGCUCAGAUCUCGCAUCGGCAUAAUCCCGCAAGAGCCGUUUAUCUUCGCGGGCAGCAUCCGCGAGAAUGUGGACCCGCUGCGGCAGUACCUGGACGCGGAGGUGUGGCGCGCGCUGGACGCGUGCGGCGCGCGCGACGUGGUGGCGGCGCGCGGCGGUCUGGCCGCGCCCGCCGCGCAGCUGUCGCGCGGGCACGCGCAGGUGCUGUGCCUUGUGCGCGCGCUGCUGCAGAAGGCCAAGAUCCUGCUCGUGGACGAGGCGACGGCGAACCUGGACCAGGAGAGUGAGCGGGUCAUCCUCGACACCAUCCGCUGCUCGUUCGGCGGCAGCACGGUGGUGUUCGUGGCGCACCGGCUGGCCGGCGUGCUGGAGUGCUCGCGCGUGCUGGUGCUGGGAGCCGGCCGCCUGCUGGAGCUGCGCGCGCCCGACGACGCGCUCGCCGACCCCACCUCGCACCUCUACCAGCUGCUGCACCCCGACCAGUAGCUGACGUCACGUGCUGGAGUGCUCGCGCGUGCUGGUGCUGGGAGCCGGCCGCCUGCUAGAGCUGCGCGCGCCCGACGACUCGCUCGCCGACCCCACCUCGCACCUCUACCCGCUGCUGCACCCCGACCAGUAGCUGACGUCAGGUGCUAGAGUGCUCGCGCGUGCUGGUGCUGGGAGCCGGCCGCCUGCUGGAGCUGCGCGCGCCCGACGACUCGCUCGCCGACCCCACCUCGCACCUCUACCCGCUGCUGCACCCCGACCAGUAGCUGACGUCACGUGCUGGAGUGCUCGCGCGUGCUGGUGCUGGGAGCCGGCCGCCUGCUGGAGCUGCGCGCGCCCGACGACGCGCUCGCCGACCCCACCUCGCACCUCUACCAGCUGCUGCACCCCGACCAGUAGCUGACGUCACGUGCUGGAGUGCUCGCGCGUGCUGGUGCUGGGAGCCGGCCGCCUGCUGGAGCUGCGCGCGCCCGACGACUCGCUCGCCGACCCCACCUCGCACCUCUACCCGCUGCUGCACCCCGACCAGUAGCUGACGUCACGUGCUGGAGUGCUCGCGCGUGCUGGUGCUGGGAGCCGGCCGCCUGCUGGAGCUGCGCGCGCCCGACGACUCGCUCGCCGACCCCACCUCGCACCUCUACCCGCUGCUGCACCCCGACCAGUAGCUGACGUCACGUGCUGGAGUGCUCGCGCGUGCUGGUGCUGGGAGCCGGCCGCCUGCUGGAGCUGCGCGCGCCCGACGACUCGCUCGCCGACCCCACCUCGCACCUCUACCCGCUGCUGCACCCCGACCAGUAGCUGACGUCACGUGCUGGAGUGCUCGCGCGUGCUGGUGCUGGGAGCCGGCCGCCUGCUGGAGCUGCGCGCGCCCGACGACGCGCUCGCCGACCCCACCUCGCACCUCUACCAGCUGCUGCACCCCGACCAGUAGCUGACGUCACGUGCUGGAGUGCUCGCGCGUGCUGGUGCUGGGAGCCGGCCGCCUGCUGGAGCUGCGCGCGCCCGACGACUCGCUCGCCGACCCCACCUCGCACCUCUACCCGCUGCUGCACCCCGACCAGUAGCUGACGUCAGGUGCUAGAGUGCUCGCGCGUGCUGGUGCUGGGAGCCAGCCGCCUGCUGGAGCUGCGCGCGCCCGACGACUCGCUCGCCGACCCCACCUCGCACCUCUACCCGCUGCUGCACCCCGACUAGUAGCUGACGUCACGUGCUGGAGUGCUCGCGCGUGCUGGUGCUGGGGGCCGGCCGCCUGCUGGAGCUGCGCGCGCCCGACGACUCGCUCGCCGACCCCACCUCGCACCUCUACCAGCUGCUGCACCCCGACCAGUAGCUCACGUCACGUGCUGGAGUGCUCGCGCGUGCUGGUGCUGGGAGCCGGCCGCCUGCUGAAGCUGCGCGCGCCCGACGACGCGCUCGCCGACCCCACCUCGCACCUCUACCAGCUGCUGCACCCCGACCAGUAGCUGACGUCACGUGCUCGACGAGCUGUUAGUACAGCAUCCAAAGUCUCUACUUUAUCAAUUCAUAUCUUUUUUAGGUAAUUCUCUGUUACGGGGUACUGACAUAUUCAAAAAAUUCUUAUUUACGACUUACGUCAUUCGUGAUGAUACCUCGGAGGUGCUUCGGAUUAAGGAUUCCGAACUCGAUUAAGCAAAAGAGGAUGUUCCCAGAACUAGUGUGUAAGCACUGGUAGAGUUUUUUAAAUCCUUUUUUUGCGGAUUCAGAUCCGAUGCAGUGCGUAACCGCAUCGCUAAUUCAUCGCUUGCCAUUCAAUGUCUUCCUCAUUGCUAAAUGGUAUUGAAAUUUAUCAAACAUUCCAUUAGUUUGUUAUAUUAUCAAAGAAACAUAGUAUUUCAAUGCCUACGUACUUUAAGUUUUAAGAAUAAUUCAUGUCUUUUUAAACAAUAUCAUUAUGUUUAAAAUAAUGAUAUUGUGAAUUCAGAUUGAAUGAAUUUUAAGAGUAUUAAUUUUGUAAAAGCAUUUAAUGGUUUCUUGUGUUUUUUUCGUUUUAUUAUUUUUGUAUUACGUGAUCCAUAGUACAUAUAGAUCUCAGCAGUAGAUUCCGCAUACAAGUUUAAAAUGUGUGUCAACCAAAGUGGUCUUGCCUACUCACUACCUUUGCCUACUGUCCAGAUAGCGCUCACGGAACACGACGAUGUCGUAGCCGCUUCAAAUACAAAAUUCAAAGACCAAUACAUUCUCGAGUCAAUACGACACAAAUCGUCGCAUCAGUAACUUUUAAUGUUAUUCAAAAAAAAUGGCGUCUUGUGUUUUGAAAUAUUUUAAAAACUAAAUAAAUAAGAUGGAGUCUUUUUUUUAUUGGUAAUUGUUGAUUAUUAUAUUAAUUUACGUAAUUGUUGUCAGUGUUAAAUUUUGAAAUACAAAUCAUGAAAAAAGUUUGUAUAUACGGAUGUAAAGGAGACGACGCGUGACGUUUUGUUUUUUAUGGGUUUUACCGGCUUCACAAAUUCACACUUCGACAAAUUGUGCUAAUAUAGUCAAUCAAUCAAACAUUUAUUUGCAUGUAGACAGGAUGAGGGUGUAGAAAGUCGUCUAAGACUUCAAGUUAUAAAGUGUAUAUGUAUUCAUGCUUCAUACGAAAUGCCAUCGAUAUAAAUCAUUAGAUGGGCAACUACAUAUUAAAGAACGUGCAAUAUUAUGUCAUUACUCAAAGACGUGCACGCACAUCUUAUUUUAGUGCGCAACGAGCGCAUGCUGUGAGUGGACGUGGACUUAAAAAAAUAUUUUACUGUUUUUUCUUGUCAAUUAAUCCCUUAAUAAUUAUGCCUUAGUGUUCAUUUUGGAAAUAUAAAAACAAGCCGCAACACGAAUAAAGAGCUGCUACUUUCCAUGGGUAAAUCUUUGAAACAAAUGACAAUUCCGCGACGCUUCGGGGCCCAUCUAACGAUCUACGAUCGAUGCGAAAUUCAGUAAAGUUUUUCUAUAUAAGUUAUUGCAAUAUGAUUGCUCUGCAACGCACAUUUUGCAGUGCCAUGAAAUCAAACAUUAUUAUUUUUAAUAUAUUGUUCAUUUAUUUACAUUUUAUUAAUAAAAUAAGUAAAUAAAUAAGUAGAUUAUUAUUUAUUUCUUAUUAAAAUAUAUAAAAUAAUUCUUUAUAUUAUAAAAUCCAUUAUGUUCAUAAAACUGGUUGAUACAAAUUAACUUAUAAAUAUUGUUAAUACAACAUAGUUGCUACUAAACAACUCGCUUAAUAGAUUAGAAUUUAGAUAUCUGAACUAAUUUGUUUUGUAUGUUAUUAACUUAAUAAUAUAUAAUACAAACCAGUUUUAAAUUCACAACAAUGGAUCUAUUAAUAGAUAUAAUUAAAACAAAAUAUAAUUUAAUUUAAUAGCGUAUAUUUUUUACUUUAAAACGAUUUACAUCUAAGAUAUACCUAUUCAAUUAUUCGAAACCAAAUGAAAUUACUUUAGUGGAUACCAUUUUCUAUUUUACUUGUAAAUAAUUAUGACUUUUAUACAUCGAUCUCCUAUUAAAAAGUAGAUGCACAAUCAGCGACCAAAAAACGUCCCCACUCAAUGAGUGCCAAACACAACUUCUUGGCACUCAAUUCAAGUAGUCCUUAAGGUUGAAUUUGCUCUGAAUUUGGGGAUUUAUUGAAUAUUGGACUAUAAUUAAAAGCCUUUAGGUGUAAUUUUCUUUACCAAUAAUUCUAAAACUGUCAAAGUAAAAUUUGCCAGUUUUUAAGUGAAAUUUUCGACAUGAUUGUGCGUCCUUUUAUUAUAAGAGGUCAAUGCUUUUAUAUAAUUUAAAUGUUACGUUCCUCCGGUUUCUUGUAGGGAUAGUCGAUGUAGUCGAAAAUUUCUUCUUCCGAUGUGACAGCCACGGGCUCUCCGGGCACACCUUAAAAAUAUUUUUGUACUAUGUAAAUAAAAGACGAUCUCUAAAGUAGUAACAAGAUAGUAACAUUGUAAAUAGAUAUUUUUAUAAUAAAAGUCUGAAUAUAC